GAGACAACAUGAUUACGCGCCGCUCUGGGCUCAAGGAAUCCAACAAUGCGCCAACUCUCCAGAGCAUAAAGAGACAUCGGCCAAGGUCUAUUUCGAGUGGAGUAUCCUGGUUGGUUAUAAGCUAAAAGCUAUCCCUCCGGUUUCGCCGGAGCCACUUUCCAGCCAUUCCCUGGGUUUUCUUUCGAGGAUUACGCUCUAAUCAAUUUGAUGAUGGACAAAGAUGACGAGACAGCACCCAUGAAAGCUCACAAGGCUGCAGUUCAGGUAAUUGCCAGACAGGUCCAGGGCUUCAGGUCGAGGAAUGAAAAGUUCAGAAUAUUCCACGGCUCGACCAACAGCACCAGGCCAGCACAUGGGAACAAGACCGUCGACAUCAGCCCCCUGAACAAUGUCAUCAAGGUCGACACAACCUCCAAGACGGCCUUGGUAGAGCCCAACGUGCCCAUGGACAAGUUGGUAGCGUCGACCUUUGAGCACGGCCUGGUGCCGCCCGUCGUCAUGGAGUUCCCCGGCAUAACCGUCGGCGGAGGAUAUUCCGGCUCUGCGGGCGAGAGCAGCUCCUUUCGGUACGGCUACUUUGACCAGUCGGUGAACUGGGUAGAGAUGGUCCUUGGCACCGGUGAGGUAGUACGGGCAUCAGCCACCGAGAAUCCAGAUCUGUUCAAAGGGGCUGCAGGAGCAAUGGGCACUCUUGGAAUCACAACUCUGGUUGAGCUGCAACUCCUGCCAGCCAAGCGUUUUGUCAAGACCACCUAUCACAAAACGAGGUCGGUGGCAGAAGCCAUAGCCGUGGUUCAACGGGAGACGGCCAACCAAAGCAACGACUACGUCGACGCCAUCCUGUUCUCCAAAACCCACGGAGCAGUCAUCAGCGGGGAAAUGACAGACGCAAAACCAAAAGAGACCCAAGCAUGCUCUUUCAGCCGCCCCUGGGACCCAUGGUACUACCUGCACGUCGAGCAACGGACAACAUCAGACCCCGAAGCUGAAAUGGUCGACUACAUCCCACUCCCCGAAUACCUCUUCCGCUACGACCGGGGCGGCUUCUGGGUCGGGCUCGAAGCCUUCCGCUACUUCCCGUUUGUGCCCUUCAACCGCCUGACGCGCUGGUUCCUCGACGACUUUAUGCACACACGCAUGCUGUACCGGGCGCUGCAGAGCACGAACCGCUCCUUUGGCUUCCUGGUGCAGGACCUGUUGCUGCCGUACUCGACUGCCGAGGCCUUCAUCGACUACUCGGUCGAGGAGCUAGACGUUUGGCCGCUGUGGCUGUGCCCGCUGCGCGCGAUGCGGGGACCGUCGUUCCAUCCUUCCACCACACAGCCUGGACCAUCGGCAGAUCCGAAGCCGAUGCUCAACAUUGGGCUGUGGGGACGCGGGGCGCAGGAUUUGGAUGAGUUCGUGGCGCAGAACAGGAGAUUGGAAGAGCGCUUGGGUGAGCUGGGCGGGCGCAAGGUGCUUUAUUCGCAUGCCUACUACACCGAGGGAGAGUUUUGGUCAUUGUACGAUAGGAAAUGGUACGAAGAGCUGCGGGAAAGAUAUGGUGCUAUGGACUUGCCGUCGGUCUACGACAAGAUAAGAAUCGACGCAAAGACGAGUUCCGGGGGUCAUCGCCCGGGCGAAAGUGGCUGGUGGGCACGGUUCUGGUCCAUGUGGCCAGUUGCUGGUCUGGUGGGAAUCCGCUCGGCCAUACGCAGUGGUGACUAUCUGCAUCAUCGGAGGCCUAUCUGGAGACAUUCUCUUGGUAGUCCUGUCAAGGAUAAGGGGUAGAAGUAUACCUAGCUUGAAAACAGUGUUAGU